AUGACGAUGGUUGUUGGGCCAAUGAACUAUACAAAUGGAUCAUCAAUUAGUUUUGUUAAUUUCAAUAAUGGAAUAGAUAUAUCUGAUGACGAUACUUUGUAUAUUGCUGAUACUAACAACAACUGGAUAGUGACAAUUACGGCUGAUGGUCACCGGAGCAUUUUUGAAUCAGGACCUGGUAUUAGUCGUGCCGAAUUUUACGGCCCUUUUGAUAUUUCCGUCAGUAAAACAUCAAUCUAUGUUAUAGAUACUCCAUAUGCCGCUGAUUGUAACAAUCAUCGAGUUCAAAAAUGGAAUUACCAGGCUAGGUUUGGAACUACUGUUGCUGGUGAUGAUACAGCUGGAAGUGAUUUAAGCCAGCUUAACUGUCCUUCUUCAGUUAUUGUUGAUACACAUGGAAAUAUUUAUUUUAGCGAGGAACGCAAUAUUCGAGUAGUUCGAUGGACAUUCGAUUCAGAUGUUAGUAUUUGUAUUGCAGACUGUUCUGGUCGUUAUGAAAACAACCCAAAUCAGUUGAAGGGACCACAAGAUUUGGCAUUCGAUAGUGAUGGCUCGUUGUACGUUAGCGACACGUACAAUAAUCGUGUACAAAAAUUUCAGAUCCUCAACGGUAAUAGUGAGUAUUACAUACAUGAGCAGUUUCUCUCAUGA